AUGCCCAUUGGUCACACGGCACUGCCCCGCGCCUGGAGCAAGCACACGCAGGCCAAGGCGUCCAAGGGCGAGGGGAAGACAGGUGAACAGGGAGCGACAGCAGCGGAAGGGGGGAAACAAGGUGGGAAGAAGGCCGGGGAUGGAGGGGACGGGGGGGAGGGUGGGGCAGGAGCGGAGGGAGUGGGAGGGGAGAAAGAGAAGAAGAUGGCAGGGAGGGUGGUGGGAGGGGUGGCUGUGAAGCAAGCAGCGCAGGAGGAUGAAGGGUUUAGGGAAUUUUUAGAGGUGAUGGAGCGAGGGGGGAAGAAGAAGGUGUGGGCGAAUGAUACUGUGGAUGGGGAUGGGGGGAGGGGAGGCGGAGUGGGGAAGGGGAGGGGCGGUGGGAGUGUGAGUGGGGGAGUGGUGGAGGUGGGAAGGGGAGGGAGGAAGAGUGGGGAGGUGGAGGAAGGGGAGGAGAGUGAUGAUGAGUUGUAUGGGGAUGUGAUUGUAGAGGGGGAUGGGAGUGAGGAGGAAGGGGAAGAGAGGGGGGGCGCAGAUGGAGAGGAGGAGGAGGAGAGUGAGGGGGAGGAGGGAGAGGAGGGGGAGCAUGGGGAGGAAAUGGAGGAGGAGGAGGAGGGUUUGAGUAAUUUGGACUAUCUCAAGAAAAGGGUUGCUUCGAAUUGGAGUGAUGAUGACGAUGAUGACGACGAGGAGGAGGCAAAGGAGGGAAAGAAGGAGAAAGCGGGGGGGAGGGUGGGGAACGAGGAAGAGAGUGAGGGAGAGGAGGAGGACGGAGACGUGGAGGAAGGGGGAGAGGGGGAAGAAGAGGAAGGGGAGGUAGAGGAGGAAGGGGAGGAGAACGAGGAUGAAGAGGAAGAAGGGGAAGAAAGGGAGGAAGAAGAGGAGGAAGGGGAAGAAAGGGAAGAGGAAGAGGAAGGGGAAGAGGAAGGCGAUGGCGGCAACACGGAUGGUGUGGUGGAUGGGGGAGCAGCGGAGGAGGGAGGGGGGGCAGUGGUGGAUGGGGGAGCAGCGGAGGACGUGAGGGAGACGGGCCGGCUCUUCCUCCGCAACCUCUGCUACUCCGCCUCGUAUAGCCUUCCCCCCCUCUUCCUUGUAUUUCCCCCGUUUCCUCUACCCCUUCCCCCCCUCUCUCCCCUUCCCGUCGCUCCCCUGUUUGUACGCUUUUACGAAUACUCAAAAGCUUGUAAGACCCGCCCCUCCCCGUGCCCCGCACCCCCCUUCGUCCACUCCCCGCACACCUGCUUAUGCCCAUUCCAUCCUGCAGCGAGGACGACCUGCGUGCCCUCUGUUAGAAUCUAG